GACAUGGCUGCCUGAGCACCGCCGUCCCUGCAUCCUGGAGCCUACGACUGGCUCCACCCGCAGCGCCUUGGUUGUUUCGUCGUUCAGUAAUGGCUUCGCCCGCCAUCCGACUCACUGCCCGACCGUAACUGCUGCCUGCCUCGACGUUUCAACCCUACUCGUUCACCCACAAUGCACCAACACCCCCGGCCGUCAUCGGCCAGGACAACCGGCUCGGCCAACUCUCCGCGCUCCAAUCCGCUCCGUCCGACCAGCACAGCUCCGCCCGUCGCGCGCAGCGACGCCGGCUCCGACUACAUGGAGAAGGCGAGCGAUGGGGGAGAGCCCGACUACGGCGAGACGGACGAGGAGCGGACGAUCAGGAAACUGAACCAAGUCAUCAUGCAAUUCUUCAAGAAGGCGACCCUGACGAUCCUGUCGGCGAGGACCACCCUCCCGCAGAUCUCCAGCGCCAAGGGGGAGCUUCGCCAAAGCAAAUGGUUCAGCCUGGUUCUCAACGAGACCGACAUCUACAACGAGGAUUUACGCGACUGGACCGCUGCCGAUCUCGUCUCCACCGCGCCGCCUCCGCUCUGCGUCGAGAUCUACCUCGACCUCAAGGAUCUCUCCGACGGCGAGGCCCUGGCCAUCAUAGACGAGCACGGCAAGCUUUGGGAUGUCGCCGAGGCGCUCAAUGCCGCUUCUUCGGCGACGCCGCGUCCCGUCAGCCGGUCGGGCCGCACGUCCCAGGUCCUGCUGGAACGCUGGACCAUUGAGGUGACCGAUAACAAGACGAUGGACGCGGAGGGCAUCAGGGUCAGCCUCCCCAAUGUCUACAAGAAUGCCAUCGCGCUGUUCAGGAGUUUAUAUACGUUUACGAGGUUCAUGCCCACGUGGAAGUACUACAGGACGUGGGCCAAGCCCUCGACCCACAAUCUGCUGCCGCUGAAGUAUCGUAUCACCAACGGCCUGUUCAAGAGCCCGAGAAGGGACACCUUGGACAUGCCGCUGUAUCCCGCCGCCGAGUCCGUGGCCCAGUCCCACUCGUUUGAUGCCACGAAAUCACCCGUUGGCAACUUGAACAUCUCGGUGCAGUAUCGCAGCAACACCGACUUUCGUGUCGAAGGGUCGGAAUCCGUGUUGAGCUCGCACUUUAUGGGCAUGGACGAGCAGUAUUUUUCGCCCUCAUUUCCUGAGCGUGUCGUGCCCGGCAGCCUCCCGACGCACAGGAGGUUUCCUUCCGACCAGCAAGACGUGGGUCAGGCUUACGGCAGCUUGUCGACGUUUCACCAGGUCGGCCCUCCGACCGGGACGAGCCCGAUUUCAGCCCUUCGCGCCGCCAGAGACAUCGUGUCGCAUUCGCCCGACGAGUCGCCACCACAGAAGAUCCCGCCGAAUCAUCGCAUCGUCACCGGUUCCAAGUCGUCACUCCGCGGCUCAGACAACGCCUCGCCUGUGCCGAGACGCGGCUCAGUUUCUUUUCGUCCGGAGAAUCCAUUCAAGGCGGGCUCGUUGUCGUCAUCGCCCGUCCCUGGCAUUCAGGUGCCGCCGUCCCCAGGAACGUCUCUCGGGAGGACUUCGAGUACUGGCGGUCCUGGUCACACCCGGAAUCGGAGUUCGCUCAACGCUCUACCUCAAACCGCGCUCAGGACUCCGUCGGGCCACUCGCUGCCCAAUGAGACGGCCAUUGCUUCUUCGGCCUCGAGCUCGCCCAAGCCCGCCCCCAUCUCCAGGUACUCCGGUGGAGGUAGCAAGACGGAAGAGGACAACAGCAGCGGAAAGGGAAGUGCGUCAUCAUCGGCACAGCCACUCGAGGGCGGCAGCUCUGGUUCGGUGCAGACGGAUGAGGAGAACAUUUCUGAUUUCUUGAAACUCCUCGAAUCCAAGAAGGAUCUCAAGUCUUUGAACCGCACCGAUUCCGCGUCCCGCGAUGCCUCGAUGAGACGUACCACGGCCGCGCUGUCCAAGUACCAGCGCAUGCGAGAUUCAAACGCCGCUCUUUCCGACUCGAUUUCGUCCUCGCUCCUCCUCCACCGGUCGUCCAGCUCUUCAAGCCGCCAGCUCGGCAACGUUCCAGGCAUGAUCGGCGGCGCUUCCGUCUCGACGUCGUCAAGUCCUGGAAAACCGAUUUCUCCUCAUACCCCUCACACACCCGCCAUUCCGUCCCGUCUCUCAGCAAACAGCAUCAUCGACUACGACGAACCUCGUGGAAUCAGCUCGCGUGACCGUCACCGCCGACGCGAAGAGCCUCGUGACGACGCAGACAGCGACUCGACGGCCCGUCAGGUGAUCCGAGAAGGCACCACCGCCAUCGACAUCCCGACGAGCCCACGCCCGUGGGCAUACGGACAUGCCCGCCGCUCCAGCUCGGUGGCGCAACAACAGCGAAACACGCUCGACGAAGAGCCCGACAUUUUUGGUCUACGGAGCGCCUCCCUGCCCAACGAGGACCGCGGCGGCGACCUCAGCUUGAGUGAGCUGCUCGUUGCGGGCACGCCGGCCGAUGACGCCCCACGUGAUACGGCCGGCAGCAGUGCUCCUGACACGGAAGAAUCCGCAUCCCAGGCCGCGUCCAACGCGCCUCCAUCGGCAACCUCGACGCGCCAUCCCAGCCUCUCACUGCGCACGCGUACUGAGCCGAAUCCUUUUGCGGCGUCGCGUCGCGGCAGCAGCAGAUACAGCUUCGUGGCCAGCCGGCCGACGACGGCUACGCUCGACGACGACGAGCCGCUGUUGUUCACGAUGAGCGAGCUCGGCACGCAGAAUAGCAGGCGCAGCAUCGACGGGAGGAGUAGUGCCCAGAGUGAUAGGAGGGGUUGA